CUUAGCCCCCCGAGCACUGGAGGUGGAAUUCCUCCUCCCAACUUGGCUCUUCCACGCGGGGAGGAAGGGGAUCUCCCAGGUGCAGGAGACCUUCGCCCCCGAGCCUCCCCAGACGGCCCCGCCGGCUCCUCCGCCUGAGCUGGGAGAGAGAAGGGAUAAGGUAUGGGGGCCCCGGAGGCGCCAUUGGGAGGGUCGCGGGAGGAGCCCCGAGAGGACGGGGGUGGGGGGCUGGAGGGGACUGACGGCGGCCCAGAACCCCGGCGGGGCGGGGCGGGCCAGCUGUCCCCGUGCGUCCCGGUCGGGCUGCGGCGGAGUGAGCGGGGCCAGCGCUGCAGAAGGCUGCUGGCUCUCCGGGACGGUCACAUUCCGCUGCAGGGGCGGGCGGAGGCCGCCGCACUGCCUCCCGCACCGCGGACCCAGGCCAGCGUCCGGGCAACGCCCCCUGCUCCGGGACAGACUCCCCGCCCGCCUGAGCUCUGGGGGCUCCGCAGACCCGCGCCCUCUCGGCCCGCAGCUCGGCCCCACGCUGCCCGCCUCGCCGGGCCCGCGCCAGGAUGGGGAGCCCCGCCUGGAUGUCAAGCGGAUGCCCCAGUGACCCCCAGCGGACUCGGUGGGGACAUGGCUUCACUGAUGCCCCUUUCCCCAUGUCGAAGCUCCAGGGUCCUCCUGUUGGUCAGCUGUGACCUGGGCUUCGUGCCAGUAGACUGGCCUCCCUCUCCUGUGAAUGUGACUGUCACUCACCCCAGAGCCAACUCGGCCACUGUGUCCUGAGACGUCCCAGAAGGCAACAUCGUCAUUGGCUACUCCAUUUCCCAGCAAAGGCAGACUGGCCCCGGGCAGCGUGUGAUUCGGGAGGUGAACACCACCACCCGGGCUUAUGCCCUCUGAGGCCUGGCUGAGGACAGUGACUACACAGUGCAGAUCAGGAGAGAGCCCCCCAGGACCCCGGGUGCACUUCCGAACUCUCAAGGGUUCUGACCGGCUACCUUCAAACAGCUCAGGCCCAG